CCCUCCAUCCCUUUGUUUAGCUGUCAUUAGUGUAAACUUAGUUGUUUUGCUGUAAUUAUUGCUGUCUGGGAUGGGGGGGUGGGUAAGAGGGGAUUUUAGUUUAUCUUUAUUCCCCUGUCCCUCCCCUCCACCGUCUCUGGCCCUUUAACAGCAGCUGCUUCCGCGGUGGGAGGUGCCUGAUGAUUGCAGAGUUCAGGGACACACAGAGAGAGAUACACACACAACAGGGUUUCAGAGGGACAGACACAAGUAGAGACAGAGAGAUCGAGAUACAGACUGAGAUAGAGACAGACACGGACAGAGGAAGAGAGAAACAGGGUGAUAGAGACACACAAAAAGAGAGUCCUACACUGAGAAACGGGGAGACAGACACACACAGAAAUAUUAACGGAGAGAGAGAGACGGUGACAAACAGAGAGUUAGAGGUAGAGAGAGCAGACAGAGAUAGCCAUUCAGUUAGUGACAGACACCAGGAUACAGACAGAGAGCGCGGGGUCGCAACAUGCAGCCUCCCCCCAGGAAGGGUCGAGUGAGCCAGGAGGUGAAGAUCAGUUUCUCGGAGCAGUUGUGUAAAAUACAGAACAAGCAGCAGCAGGAAGCCGAACUACUGGAGGACAUCAGGUCGUUUAGCAAACAGAGAGCUGCAAUUGAGAAGGAAUAUGGUCAGGCAUUGCAGAGGUUGGCCGGACAGUUCUUGAAGAAAGACUGGAAUCGUGGAAAACCGGAUACAAGUGACAAUAGGAUGGCCUCAGUGGUCUGGCGUUCCACCAUCGAAGCGACGGUCCAGCUCGGCCUGGCACGUGUUGCGGCAGCGGAGAAUUACCGGAUGGUCAAUGUGGAGGCAGCGAAGACUGUGCGCUCGGCCAAGGAGCUGAGAUUGAAGAAGUGCUCGGAGCAGCUGGUUAGAAUCCAGUCGGAGCUGUUUGAGGCAGUGAAAGAGGUGAAUAAAGCGAAGAAAAAGUAUUGGCAGAUGCAGAGGAUUGCUGAGAUCGCCCGGGAGAAAGCAGCGGAGGCUGAAGCCAAGUCGAAAAAGAGUGAGUUUGGAAUAUUUCAUUCAAAAACCAGUCUACAGAAGCUGACUGCAAAGCUCGCUGCCAGAUUGUCCGAGUGCAGCCAUCGGGUCACGGAAGCUCGGAAUGAAUACCUUCUCUCGCUUGCUGCUGUCAUGGCACACCAGGACCAUUACCUCCAGACUGACCUGCCCAUUGUCAUGAAGAACCUGGAUGGGGAUGUGUACGAGAGGCUACAAGAAUACUUCACCCUCGUCAGCAAGACUGAGAUUGACGCUUGUCAGUCGGGGCAGGAGUGUUUCCGGAGUGUUCUGGAAUCCUCCAGUAAGAUUUCCCGGGACUACGACCUUCAGUUAUUCCUCCAAGAGAACCCAGUGUUUACGGAGCCCUCUGCGUUUGUCUUCCAGCCAGCUGGUUCUGACAAGGUUUGCCGAUUGGAAAUACAGCCCGGUGACAGAGACAGAGAGUCCAGUCUGGACAAGGAGGCACGCAAGUGGGCAACUAAACUGGCAAAUAACCACAAAGUCAUCGCCCAUGGCGAGCGGGUUUUACGCAAUUUAGAUCAGCGAAGGAAGCUCGCAUCUGAGGAAGAGAUUUCAGGUGUUGAGGCCAAGAUGGAGGAGGUUAAGGAGAGCAUCAGGAAAGCAGAGACAAGCAAGUUGAAGGCGGAUUCCCGCCUGAACCUGCUACGCGAGGCUGGCCUAGAGGUGGACACUUGGUUGGUCAGCACCAUGAACCAAGCUAGUGAGGAGCUGGAGAGAGAGAGAAAGCUGAGUGAGGCCCGAGUGUCGAAUGGAGGCCUCCCAGAGUUUGACGAGUUAGAUUUCACGGAUUUUGAGGAAUUUGAUGACACCAAUGAGAUCUUUGAUGAGAGCAGUGAAGCAACCCUUGGCAGUUCCCCCCGAAUGUACCCGGUGCUCUGUAAAGUUCUCUACAGUUACCAGGCCACACAGUCUGAUGAACUGACCAUCACUCUAGAAGAGCAGCUGGAAGUGAUUGAAGAUGGUGACAUGGAGCAUUGGGUGAAGGCCCGGAAUAAAGCUGGUCAAAUAGGUUACGUGCCUGAAAAGUAUCUCCAGUUUCCAGGUGGGAACAGCCUAUCCAGCAAGAUCUCCAUGGUAACAUCCUCUGACAUUAUGUCUUAUUCCUCAUCGAACAGCUCUGCUGAGCAGGAACUGAUGACUUGCAGUGUCGUAGAGCAGCCAGCAGAUGGAGUCUGCUUGGCCCGAGCGUUGUACGAUUAUGAGGGACAGAGCGCAGAGGAGCUGUGUUUCCCUGAAGGUGGCCUGAUCAAGGUCCUUCACACUGAUCAGCGCGGAGUGGACGAUGGAUUCUGGGAAGGAGAAUUCAAUGGCCGUAUUGGUGUGUUUCCAUCCUUGCUCGUUGAGCUGCUGUCUGGGGAAGGCACAGACUUGGAGCUGGAGCUGAUGCUGGAUCCGACAUCCCCACCUCCGUUCUCUCCUCCUGCUCCUGAUUGCGGUGCGGUGGCAUUUCACAGUGUAGCAUCCGCACAGCAAGAGAGACUCCAAGUGUCACCUCGAAACAGUGUUUCUGCUGUCCUCAAGGAGGAAUCCCAUAUCCUGGAGCCGAUUACCGAAAUGCCUGCGGGACGACUGAGACCAAUUCGAGCUGCCCCUCCUCCACCAUCGUCCAAUCCGAUUUCACAACAGGAUGAGGAACUCCUUGUCUGAAUAUUCCCACCUGAAUUCCAACCAACCCUACACGUGGAGCCAAAGCCAACUGGAGGAAUGGGUGAUGGGCCUUUGGUUCCAGGAUUGGUGCUUCACAUGGGAGAUAUGAGGGGGAUUGGACUGCAAUCCUUGUCAGAAUUCACCAUGGCUUUGAAUUUCCGCAGAUGGAGAACCAGGAACCAUCAGCUUCCAGAUAGAGAAUGGGUCUUUGGUGUGUUCAUUGAGGGCUUUCUCUGAGAACGCCAACCUUUAAUUCUCAACAAUUUAAACUUGUGCAAAGCCUCUCUCGUGAUGAGACAUUCCUGGGACCUGAACAUGGAAUCGUGAGCAUAUAAGACACAUUCAAGGAGUGAACAUUGUGCAAUGGGAUUUGGAAUUCCCUUGUAAUUGGGUCCAACCAAUGACCUUUCACCCUUUCUGAAGCCAAGCUGAUAGCCUCAUCCUCUGUUUGCUGUCAGGAGCACAAAUGGGGUUUCACAAAGGGGCACUGUUUUGUGGCAGUGUCCUGGAGUCUCUGUCAUUUUGAUCUGUCUGCGACAGACUCAUUCGGCGAGCUAUAUCCCAGUUAGUGCGCAUCUGUGACUGAAUGGGAUGAGUGAUGGUAACUUUAUUACUACUUUGAUUUUAUUGGCAGCCUGUGCAUUGUCAACCCGUUGAGGUGUCAAUCAUUGGAAAUUACCUCUGAGUCCUCAGUAAUGAAAUGGCACAUCUCGAGAGCAUUUCAGGUGAAUUAGAGGCGCACGUCAAAGGCAUAGGUUUCAUUGAUUUCAUUUCCUACUGGGGGUGUGAACGUACUGGAAAUACUAAUAGUUAUUGACCAUCCUUAGUUGUUCUGGAAAGAUGGUAGUGGGUACCUUCUGAAGUCAAUGGGAUUAAUACAUGUGGAGUGUCUUCUCAAACUACUUUGGAAGGUAGUUAUGGUAAAUCACAUUGAUGUGUAAUAGGAGUCAUGUAGCGAUUCAAAUCACGUAAGGAUUACAGAUACCCUUCCCUAAAGGACAUUGGUGAGCCAAAUGUGUUUUUCUGAUAGCCUCAUGGUUACUUUCACUGAGGCCAACAUUUUAUUUCCAACUGCUUUCUGACUCACGUCAAAUUCUGAAAGCUCCCACCAGGAGCAUGAGGACUGCAGCUUUAUUGCACUAAUCGAGUGAGACGUCCACCAAUGGUUCAAGACAAUGGCCCAUGCCCACCCUUAGAGGGAACAAAUUGCAAUAGACAACACAAUACUGGUCUUGCCAGUGGCCAUGAUUCUGGAAUUAACAAAAUUAAUAUACAGGGACAUGCUUGCUCAGAGUGGACUCAGGUUCUGGACUAAGAAAACAUUGGGGCUAGGAUGGAGAUGUAGACUCAACCAAUCAGUGGAGAUGCUGGAGUAUAGUGUGUUAGAAUUGGACCUGACAAUGGAAUGAGUCUGUGUGUUUGGCAGAACCUUGAGCCCAUCGUUUCUAAAGAGCUCCGCAUUCACUGUCUACCACCUUUAGAAAGGAUGUCAAAAUCUCGAAGCGUUUGCAGAGCAGGUUUGUCACAAUCCUACCAAGAGUGGGGAACGCCAGCAUUGUGAAAAGACUGGAAAUACUCUGAUCAGUCCCUGUAGAGCAGAGAAAAUUAUGGGGGUUUUGAUAGAGAUGAAGAGUUUUGACCAGAGUGAAUUGAAGAGAUUUAUUUCCAGUGUUGGGAAGAUCAUCAACCAUGGGCCACUGAUUUUAAGUUAUUUGACAAAAGAACCAAACAGGAGUUGAGGAUUAUUUUUGUGCAGUCAGUAUUUUUCUAAUAUUCACUCAAGGGAUACGGGUUUCAUUAACUGGGCUGGUAUUUAUUGUCUAUCCCUAGUUCCCCUUGAGAUGAGCUGCCUCCUUGUACCACUGCCCACAUCUGGUACAAGUACAUCCACAAUCCUGUUCCAGCGGGUUCUGGGAUUAUCAUUCAGUGACAGCGAAUGAAGCUGAUAUAUUUUCCAUUGCAAAAUGGAAAACAACUUGGUGGGGAACUUGCCUGUGGUGGUGUUCCUAUUCAUCAAGCCCCUUGUUCCUUCUAGAAUGUAAAUAAAAAAACGUAAAGUUGCCAUAGUUUAUGAAGGUCACCACAUCUCAGGUAAGGGGGUAGAUUGAGAAGAAGAGUCCCCCAUUUGUGGUAACAUCAGCUGUUGUGGGAAUUGAACUCACUCUGCAUCACAAAUCUGCCAUCCAGCCAGCUGAGCCAACUGACUGUAUUAAAAAGUACUGGUUGUGGGUUUGGAAGGGGAUUCCUAAGGAGCUUUGAUGAAUUGCACAGCUACAACAGUGUUGGAGGAAGUGAAUGGUACAAUAUCUAUCUAAACAAUCAAGCAGGUUGCUUUGUCCUGAAUGGUGUCAGGCUUCUUGAGUGUUGAUAGCCCUGCAUUCAUUCAGGGAAGUGAGGAGUAUUCCAUCACACUCUGGACUUGUUCCUAACAGAGAUAGUGGAUGGGUUUUGGCGAGUCAGGCAAAUGGGUUUCUCACUGCAACAUUCCUAGCCUCUGACCUGCUCUUGUAGCCACAUUAUUUACAUGGCUGGUCCAGUUCAGUUUCUGGUCAGUGAUAACCCUCAGGAUGUUGAUAGUAGUG